AUGGAGGGGGCGCGGCGCGGGGACCGGGACGCGGAUGGGGACGAGGCGGCGGCGGCGGCGGGCCGCGCCAAGUGGCGCAGGGGGCUGUGCUCCGAGUUCGCCGCCGUCGCCGGCAGCGACGCGGAGCUGGCGCGGCGCUACCUGGCCGAGCACGGCUGGCACCUGCAGAGGGCGCUGAACGCCUACUUCGAGCCGCCGCGGCAGGAGGCCGAGGCGCCGCGCCGCGCCGCGCCCGGGGGCUGUGUUGACCUGACAACUGAUGCAACUACUAGUAAUGCUGAUGUCAAUGGUGCAGACUCAAGGCAACAAGAAGAUGACAGCAGCUUCUCACUAAUCACCUGGAACGUUGAUGGUCUGGAUUUAGGAAAUCAGCAAGACCGAGCUAGAGGAGUCUGUUCUUAUCUGGCAUUAUACAGUCCGGAUGUGGUGUUUUUACAGGAGGUCAUCCCACCGUACCUGUGUUAUCUACAGAAGAGAGCAGGCAAUUACACAAUUAUUCCAGGUAAUGUAGAUGGUUAUUUCACUGCCAUAAUGCUAAAGAACUCAAGAGUGAAGUUAGUAAAACAAGAGAUCAUACCUUUUCCAACAACGUCCAUGAUGAGGAACCUUUUGGUUGUGCAUGUGAAUGUAUCUGGUAAUGAGCUUUGCCUUAUGACCUCUCAUCUAGAGAGCACUAAAGAUCAUUCUAAAGAGCGUGUGAAGCAACUGCAAAUAGUGUUGAACAAAAUGCAGAAGGAAUCAGAGUCCACUACUGUUAUAUUUGGAGGGGAUACAAACCUCAGAGACAGUGAGGUUAGUAAACUAGGUGGCUUACCUAGCAACAUUGUGGAUAUCUGGGAGUUUUUAGGUAAACCUAAACACUGCCGUUAUACUUGGGACACAAACUCCAAUACCAACCUGGAUGCAGCGUACAAGUGCAAGUUAAGAUUCGAUCGCGUCUACUUUCGGUCUGCAGCAGAAGGGGGACACAUCAUUCCACGAAGUAUGGACUUAAUUGGAUUGGAAAAACUAGACUGUGGCAAAUUUCCUAGUGAUCACUGGGGUGUUCUGUGUUACUUUGAUGUAAUAUUAUAAAAAAAAAAGCUUGUAUUUCUAAUUUUAAGUGUUUUCUUCUUGUUUUUAUGAAGUUUUACAUUCUCAGUUUAAAGGCUUAUAUAAAUUUUUAGUCCUAGCAAUUUCUCUAUCCGUGACUUCUGCUGGAAUGUCUUCAUUUCAAGCUAACACUCCAUUAUCUUCAUAACUGCAUGAUUUCUUGAAUCAUUUUUAAAAUGAUUAUUUUCAACAGUGUACACAAAUACAAAAACAAAUUCUGCUAUUAAAAUGGGAGGGAAAAGAACUGUAAAUACAAUCCAUAAACAUAUUAGGUGGCUUAAAUUACUGUCUUGUUUUGUUAUGCAUUAUAAUCCCAUAAUA